GCUGCUGACUCAGUCAGAGCGAAAACUCAAAGGGCACUCCGCCGCCCGGCCUGACCGACUCUCCGGGGAUGUUGUCCGGGGGGCCGCUCUGCCCCGAACCCCUCUGGCGCUGAAGGGGGCGCCGGAGACUUUUCCCGCCAGCGCCAGGGACAAAGCGGAGCGAAGUUCCCCUCCGGCUUUCCGCCUCCGCAAGGAGCGCAAGUCACCAUGACAGCCAUAGCAGCGCAGACCCAGUGGUUACUUACUCGUAGAAGACCAAAGAAAUCAUUCUUUGAGACAUUUAUUAGGAGCUUAAUUAUUCUCUGCGUUGCAAUUGCCAUUGUUUUAUUGUCCAUUGCAGUAUGUGAUGGCCAUUGGCUUUUUACAAAAGGAAAACUCUUCGGGCUGUGGCAUUUCUGUACCAUUGGAAGCAACAGCACCUUGAAAUGUACCACUGAUCUCUCUCUGACCAAUAUCAGAGGGUUAAGCAUAGGAAUGACAUUUGCAAGAAGUAUGGCAUCUUUCGCUGUUGUUGUUGCAAUCUUUGGCCUGGAACUUCUCAUGGUCUCUCAAGUCUGCGAAGACAUCAACUCAAGGAAAAAAUGGUCCAUGGGCUCAGUCCUCAUUCUUUUCUCAUUUCUGCUGUCAUCUGCUGGAGUGGUGACCUUUCUAAUCCUUCUGAGGGACUACAUCACUAUCACAAGUUUUACGUUAACCUAUUGGUGUGAAUUUAUUGCAACAUUCCUUUUCUUCCUUAAUGGAAUCAGUGGACUUCACCUUAACAACUUAACUUUUCCAUGGAACAGAAUGAGAAAAAAUUAAACAUGAUGAACAGCAGCUCAACCAAAUACCCUGAGAAUAUAUUGCAGCUCAUCAAUGUUUGAGAAAGACGCCAAGGGGGUCAUUUUUGAGGGGAAUUGUUUAGUUUUGUUUUGUUUAUAGCAUAAGAUAAAAGAUUUCCAACAGCUUGCUACUUUCUAGAGGAUGUCUCCAAAUUCAGUUGAUAAUGGAUGCUGAGUACUGGAAAUGGGAAAUUAUAACCUGUUGGGAUUUUAAAUAAUGCAUCUAACCAUAGUAAUGGAAUAGCAAAAAGUAACUUGCUUAAUUUAAAACUCAGUUCAUAAGCCUCAAUGUCCUUAGUCCAGUUACAGUCAUUAUCCUUUAAGUAUCUCACUGAAAUGAAUAAGACAACAAAUCUCACUAUUUUCAAUUAGUUGGGUGGGGACCAAAUUCCGUAGCCAAGUGGAAUAAGACGUACGCUGUGUGAAUGUGUUUUGUUCUUACCCUGCAUUGUGUUCUUCUCAAGAAAUAUUUGUACUAUGGAGGGCAUAGGGCAGUGCCAACCAGAACUUCACUUUCAAAUAAACACAAAUAAUUUGCAUUUUCACAUGGCCAGAUGUAAGCCACUAUUAAAAGCUGUGCUUAUUAUUUCUUUCAUUAUACAUAAUUUAUACAUCAUGCCAGCACUGUAUGCAUUUUCUAACAGAGUAAACUGGAUCCUAAGAUCCUUUCCUGCUGAGAAGCAAGCUAUCCAUCUAACAUAAUCUUUUAAAAAGAGCCCUGUGCUAUUGCAGUUUAAUGAAUUGUAGUGGAGAGUCAACCCCUUCCUGCAAGCUAGAAAUAUUUUUUUCAUAGAGGCAUCGCAACUCCAUGUAUUUCUAACUACAGAGGAUGUAACCACAAAAUGCCCUGUUCAGUUUUACUUCCUGCUUUUCACAAUUACAGAAAAUUAAGUUUUUAUCCCUCUAAAAAGUAUAUUCUCAGCUAAGAAUACAGGGUCAUCCCUAUUACCGUAGAUGUUUGCUUGCGGUAAUGGUAAAAAUAGGAGACUCAUACACUCCUUUUUUUGACAUAUAGCUUGUAAGAUUGCAACCCUAAGACUUUCCUACAGUAUGAAUGAAAUAAAUUGUAGAUCAGAUUUAGCGUAGGUUUAGAACAUUAAUUCUCUAUUAUUCAUUAACAACUUGUGUCCUUUAUCGUGUACUGUAGUUUCAUAAUGUUUUACUGUAACAAUAAUGCAUUAAGUUGAAUAAACUGGGGACAGUUGUUGCCAUUUUAAAACAUUUUAAAUGUUUGAAUCCAUCCCUGUGGAUUUUCUACUUCUAAAUAUCCUAUACUGCCAAUCCAAAUUUUCCAUUACUGUCAACAACAAAAAAUCAGUAGCAUAAGAAACACACAGAUAAGAUGUCAGACUGUCUAUGGAGAAAUUGCACUGAACCAUUGUUUUUGAAAGAAACACUGUAUUCCAGUAAAAGCUGCAUGCCAGACUGAAUUCUGGGUUUACUAAUUCUUAUUUAUACUUGUGUCUUUACAGCUGGCUGUAAGACUAUUUAGGAAUGCCCUACUUAUUCUACUAAGUUUACCUCUAAAAUGUUUGAAGCUUCCAAACCAUCUUUACUUGGGAAUAAAGAGCCAGUAUGUUGGUAGUCUAAACAAGCUUCCCCCAAUCUGGUGGGUUCGGAUUAAAUGCCUAACCCCAGCCAGCAUUUCAUAGGCUGCCUUGGGCAAUGGGAGUUAUAGUGUAAUAUAUUAAGAGGACCAUAAAUGGAAAGAGUCUGCUCGUCAAUUAACUAGACAAAUUAUGAUAGAAGCAGUAGCUUCACAUACCAUGCUAACAGCAUCAUAUACUUUUGUUUACCAUGACCAAAAGAAGAUAUCCCAUUCAUUGUCCCUUAGGAAGAUCUUGGCACUUCAUUUAACUUGCGUUUUUAUUAUUACCUCUUAUGCAUGGUUAGACUUUGCACAGUUGAAGAACAUGAGAUGUUACUACAAUGAAGUAUCUCCAGAUCCUUCCCAGGGUGACGGAUGCCCUGCAAUUAGCAAAUCAUAUCUAUCUGUAUUGUUUUGUGGUCUGUAUAAAUUAAAUUGUAUGAAUCUGAAGAAAGAUACAUUUGUUUGAUUGGAGCUUUGAUGUUUUCACAUUGAGAAUAGUUUUUAAAAACAAUAGCUUUUUUUCCCCAGUUGCCAGAUGUCUAUCAUGUUACUAAUUUCAUUCAACAGCUUUCCCAACCACCUGGUGAAGAAAUUUGAAGUUACCUUGAAAAAUAUAAUCUAAAGAACUUAAGACAAACCUUGAUCUCCAUGGAGCUUUCCAAAUGGUUAGCUUGCAAUACAACAAAUGUGGAAUUCUUCCAGAUUUCUCGGAUGAUAUACUGCUAGUGUCUGUGUUUGCUGCUGUAUUAUUUUCAUUUUUCUUGCUCUGAUGAUUCAAUCCUUUGCCUGGAAUUUCAGCUCAUGUUCAAAAGGCUGAACCCUUUCUUUUCAUGGGCUGAAUGAAUGGUCAUCAUCCUUGCCUUUCAAAAACGAUGGUUCUGAUUAAAUUAGGCCUUCAAAACUAUCCAAUUACAAUACAUUAGAGACCAAUUUUGAGCUGACACUCUGAAAGAGCUGUAAAUACUAUUUACAGUUGACUCUUCUUUGUCCUAUUAAAGGCUAUUUGCUAGUAAAUGCCAGAAAGUGUUUGUUUAGAUGAUCUUUAUCUGUGAUAAUUAUUGUUUUAUUAAGUAAGUUAUAGUAGGUAAGCUUUUCUAAACUGUUUUCUAUAAACUAUAAAAGAAAAUUGGAAGAUAUCUAGGAUCUGAAUGUCAAAUGUUCAAUAAACUACUUAGGUGAU